UGCGUGAGAAGAUGAAUGAAACUGAAAGCGGUGUUGACAAAAUACUGUGCUUCGUGUUCUGUUGAUGACUGCUCUUUAUCUAACGGUUUUAGAUUUCGGCUUGCAGAUUUGGAUUGUGCCUUACGUUGAUUUAAUGUGAUUGUUCCGAUACUUUGAUGGCUGGCUGAUGCCUGAAAAUGGAAACUGCGGAAUGCAUCACGCCUCGUAGUGCGACAGUGGUUGACGGCUCUGCUCAGUUGGCGUCCCCAGUAACGGUGUCAUGUCAACCUUUCGAUGGCAGUCCGACUUCAAAAUCUCAGGAGGGAAAUGUCACGCACUCUGUUACAUAUACUUCCGAAAGAUCAUUAUCUGACAAUCUGAAAAAGCCAUCGUCCUUUGAUUUUGCAGAGCAAAUAAGGAAGCUGGAAAUUGAGGGCAACAAGUUGAGAGCUGCCACCGUCUCUUCCCUAUCCAACAUCGGAUCUAUAGCUGGUUUCAACUUUGAUGUCAAUAGUAACAGUCAUGAGUCCGCCAAAUAUAACUCAGCAAACCUCGGCUGCAUCACACCACUUGUGGAUAUAUCUGCAGACCAGAAGGCAAUAUCAGAUCUCAGAACUCAGCUUGAUGUCCAGCGCCGUGAGACAGAACGUCUGCAGAAACAGCUGCUCGGUGACUUGCCCAGCUUCCAGUCCAUCUCUGGGGCGGCCCUCCCUCCCGUCCAAGGCAGCGCUGGUCACAACCUGAGCAGCAACAGCAGCAACAGCAACAACUUGAGCGGCAGCAGCUUGUUCCAGCAGGCGUUCAGUCCCAGCAAGGCGGCUUUCUCCACGAUAUCGAGCAACGAGUUAGCAGGCUCUUCCUUUCCUCGGAGGACUUAUGAUUACCAACCGCCAUCUCACCUGGAGCGGUCACUGAAAGAGUCUCAGGAGCAGGUGGUGGACCUGAGGAAACGCUUGCAGGAGGCCAGCGAUGCCUCUGACCAGCAGAAAAGACAGUUCCGAACGACCGUGGAAGAACUCAAGUCCAAGCUGCAUGACACAAUCCUGAACAGAGACACAGUCCUAGAGCUACGGCAAAAAGAGUCCAACGGUCAGGAGAUGUUGAUCAACAAACUGCAGUCUUCCCUGUCACAGCUACAGGAACAGUAUAAGGCUCAAGAAGAGGCAUUUGCCUCCACGACCCGUAAGCUGGACUCUCACCACCACACCACCCACGUACAAGACACGGCCUUGGCCUCCAUGAGAAACUUGCUGUCGGAGAGGGAGAAGCAGCGAGGCCGUGCCUACUUUGAGACAGACCCCGUGAUUGGUCAGAGCCCGGCCAUGUUGGUUCACUCCCUCGAGCGAUGUCUGCAGGAUGUGGAGCAUGAACUCACCGUGAAGAGCUACAGAGUCACUGAGCUGGAGACUGAGCUGGAAGAACAGAAGAAAUCAGUCGCUGAACGAGAGAAAAGCGUAGCCCGGGAAUAUCAGGAAAUAUUGAAACGAGAGGCUGAGGAUGCAGUGAGAAAAAUGGGAACUCUGACAGCUGAGCACGAGAAGAAACUGUCAGAAGUGAGCGAGUCUGGUGCUGGAGCGAGGCAGCGUGUGACAGAUCUACAGAGGGAGCUACAGGAACAGGACCAAGACCACCAGCGACAGCUGAAGACGAAGGACGAAGUGAUCAGAGAGCUGGAGGAGAAAGUGGAGGACUCGAGGACAGAGUCCAUGCAGGCACGGGCGCUCUGGCAGGAGAAGCUGAUUGAAACAAAACACAGUCAGGUCUCCACUGAGAGAUUGCGACAGGCACUAGAGUCCUCCCUGGAUGAGGUACAGAAAGAGCUGAUAGAAACGCGUGCUGAGAAAAACGAACUGGUGAGACAGGUGGCUGUGUUGGAAUCUAGGACGGAAGACUUGCAGUCACUGACGGACAGACAAGGACAGGAUCUGGAAACAGAACGGGAACGUGUUCGCAGUCAGCGAGAGAGGGAGGAGGAGCUCAGGGCUAAGGUCAUGAACCUGGAACUGCAGGCAACGCACAAACAAGGUGAGAUGGAGAGACUUGAACGAAUGUUGGAGGCUGUCAAACAGGAGUGUAGCGUGCAAGUCCUGGAUAAGGUGGCCAAUGUAGAGAAGCUCGAGCGAGAUCGCUAUGUGGACCAGAUCCAAUCUCUGUCAGCCCAACUGGCAACUGUGACGGAGAAGUGCCAUCGGGCCAAUGUGGACCACCAGAUGUCUUGCCAGGAGAUGGACACUCUGAGGUCGCAGGUCAUGGACUUGACCGAAAAGUUGGAGAAAGCCAGAUCACAGAUGGAGGUGGCGCUGUCAGAGAAGAACGAGCUGAUGGCCAAGAUCGGUGAUAACAGGGGCGACCUUGACCGGCUGGCCCGCGACAAGGAGAGUUAUGUCCAGCAAGCGGAGCAGAAGUCUCUGGAGGUCACGGAGCUCCGCGUGACCUUGGACAGGUUGAGGUCGCAGCUGGAGGAGAAGGAGAAGACUCUGUCCACGUUCCGCCAACAGUCCAGCAGCAUCACACAGCUCAUGGAGGUAAACACCAGAGCCAGUGACAACCUGCGGGAGGAGAGGGAGAAAAUGUCGGGCGAACUGGCGGAGAGAACGGCGGCCAUGGAGGAGCUGAAAGUGACGCAGGAGUCGCUGAGCAGGAAGGUCAAGGCCAAGGAGAGGCGUGUGAGGGAGCUGGAGGAGGAGACCCUGCACGUCACAGAGCAGCUGGCCACUAAGAGCCAGGAGCUAGAGCUGAUGCAGCAAGAACGCGACAGCGCCAUGUCGGAGCUGAGGGACUGUCGCAAGGAGGUGGCCAACACAGUUGCCAGUAAGGACGCCUUGAAGAAGGAACUCGCCAGGGUUAAGACGCUAAGGACGAAGGAAGUUUGUAAACUACAGACCAAACUCAAAGAGUCAGAGCAAGAGUUCCGCCUGUCACAGAAAGCUUUACGUAGCAAAGAUAUGGUGGACCAUAAAGCUGUGAGGUUUGCGGACAAGAUUCAGAAAGAGAUGACGGUGAAGAGAGGGGAGAUGGACCAGCUGCUGUCGCGGAUUCAUCGACUGGAGGAAAAGCUGGAGGCUGUCAACAAGGAGAAGGCAAUGGUGGAGAAGGACAAGGACAGCCUGAAGAAGUCUCUGGCCAAGUCGUUGCUGCACACACAGGGCCUGACGGAGGAGCUGCAGACCACACAGGCUCAGAACAUGGAGCUGGUCAAACGACUAGCCGCGCUGGAGGAUGAGAUGGACAAGGCUAACCAGAAGACGUCAGCUGCUAACGCACAGUUGGAGAAAUAUGAGCAGGAAAUGGCCACACAGAAACUGAGACAUCAGCUGGACCUUAAGGAGGCAGAGAGACACGGUGGCCUAGUUCCGGGAGUGACCGCUGUGUCGGCCAUGACAGGUUCGGGUUCGUCCCUCCCGUCCAGCGCCUCUGUGUGUGCCCGGGCGGAGCGGGCGGAGAGGGCGGAGCGGGCGGAGCGGGUGGAGCGGGCCGGCUUUGUGGGCAAGUCAGACAGUGUCAGUGUCAGGUCGUCAGCUCCGGUCAGCGUCAGUGGCGACAGUGACGUCAUGAAGAACAGCCUGGAGAUCAGAGAUGGUCGCCACCGUGACUACUCGGAGGUGGGGAGAGAACUCAAGUCGCUGCUCGGGGAGAUGAGGAGUCUUAUCUCGGGCCACAAGGAGGACAGACUCAGCGUCCACAACCUCUCGCCCCGUGAUGGACAGAAGGACGUACUCGGAGAGAAGAUAGACAGGGACAAGAACAGAAAGAAAUGGACUUCUUCUUCUCCACUUGGGAUACAAGACUUAGGGCCAGCAGGGAGAGUACAGCAGUACAGAGAGCCUCAGCCAGACACGGACGGGAACAAAUCGUGGGCGUCCAAAUCCUUGACCGACCUGGGAGACUUGUCUGACUUCUCUCUCUACAAAGAAUGGCGACCUCGCUCCCGCUCGAUGUCACGGCACCAGCAUUCCUUGACGGGUGACCUUGACACUUCACACAACACCAGCGUCAUGUCAAGGGGAGGUUACCAGGAUGUGUCGAGGCUCAGCCAGUCCACGGGAAGUCACAGGAAACCCGCAAGUGGUACCGGCGGCACCAGCCUCCUGACAGUCCCUGACACAUCUGAGCUGUGUCGUAGACUGGAGGAGAAGAUAGACAGCCUCACCCGCAUGGGAGGGAACCUGCAGAAGGAGAACAGAGAAAUGGCAGAGCUGAUCCAUCUUCAGGGAGAGAAACUGGACACGGUCAAACAGAUAGAGAGAAAGGCCAGGGAGAACAGAUGACAGACAAGUCAGGUGGAUAGAGAGAAGGAGGGAGAGAAAAAUGACAGACUGGACAAGAAGUGGUCACUGAUAUAUAUAUAGAUCUGAACUUGCAUAAAAAUGUACUGACUUCAUAGAAAUGGCGUUAAUGACUAGACUAGGUCUGUAGAGCUAAAACAAUGCUGGGAUCUGAACUUGCAUACAAAUGUACUGACUUCACAGAUGGCGCUCAUAUGACCUUAUGCAGUUGUGAGCGCCGUAAAACCUCUACUACUAAACUGACUCCACAGAAAUAGCAUUGAAGGCUAGACUAGGUCUAUAGCUUGGACAAAGAAGUUAAGCAAGUCACAAACUUUCCUGGCUUAAGGGAAGGAAGAAGAAUAGAGGCAAAGAUGGGGGACAGUGAGAAGGUGGCAGAAAGACAGAUGGAGAAAGGAUGUGAAAGAAAGAGAGAGACAAAAAGAAGAAAAGCAGAGGAAGGAGGAGAGACAGACAUACAAAGGAGAAAAAAAAAAA